AUGUCGCUUAACCAAGAUGUCUCUCUACAGACCCUUUCAGCAACAGACGGGUUCCUCGCCGGGCUCAUCUACCUCAGUGCAACGAAACCAGCCACGACCCAACGGCGAGUCGUUGUUUCCUUUACUAACGCGCGCCAAACGUGGAAAUACCUUGAAGAUAUUUGGCUCAAUCUCGAAAAUGUCCGCAAUCGCACGUUAGAGCUGGUUCCCAGAUUGAGACUCGCAGGUGUCUACAGCACCCUCGACUGUUUCAUCAACCCUGUACAGUUCUUCCAGGCCGCUGUUUUGUCGCUCCGAAACACUUUGAUUGGCCGACCGCCCAACACUUUUGGGGACGUUGUUGCUCUCUUCUGUUUGUCACAAAUUAUGUCACGUCAUCUCAGAAGCUGCCACAAUUUAGCGAUGAGUGAUAGUCAAUUUGACAUUGAUCAAUGGGGGAAUACCAUCAGCAGAUAUGAUCAUCGGCAAGCAUUCGCUAGUCUCAUUCGGGCGUUGUUCCCGGAAAUAACGCCCGCUGCCUCGCCUUCAGGCUUUCUGGAGCCUGCAACGUACCAAGCUACACCUUUUGAACCACCACUUCGAGAAAGCGAACUCAUUGGCUCUUUUUCGGGAUACAGUGAUAUGAUUCCCAACUUGCUCAGUCUCGUUGGAUUCCAGCCUACAGACCAAGAAGCGCACAACGACCUUUACACCUUUGGGGAGACGGGGUUCCAGACUUUAGCUCCGUUAGAUCCACACGGAUCGGCCCUUGUCGCUAACUUUACGCUAUUUCUGGAGCAAUGCGGAGACCUGUUCCAGAACCUUUCCGGGAGUUGGGUAACGGCAAUGAACCAGUAUUCACCUUCGUCUGCUCUCAAUCGGGCAAGGCCCCAAAGCAAUGAUGUCAGCUCAUACUUGCAACGCAUGCGACAAGGUGGGUCCUUUCAAGAUCCAUCCUCAAUGGGCAUUCUUUCCAUUGUCGAUACAUUCGUCCAGCUUGGGUACCUGCAAACCCCAAAAGAUGUCCAAGAGUACAUGAUCAUUGUUGGCAAGAGAAUAUGUAAAUUUCGUGGGGAACACCCUUGGGAUGGCUUUCCCUUCAGGCUCCAGAAACCCCUCUGCAAAACGCACCACAGGGCCAAAGCCGAGAAGGUUCUCUUGUUCCACAUGUCAGAAACAGUUCACAAGAAAGAACAAUAUGCUGCGACACAGGAAUAG